UGUGCCGCGCAUCGUCGGACGUGCAUCGUGUCGCGCUCGCGUGCGAGCCGAUCGAGACAUGUGAUCCCGAGAGUUCGUUUUGCCGAUCGCGAGACGCCGAGAGGGAGAGGACGAGACCAGUAGAAGAUGUCGAGGGGAGAUCCCGCGGAGAUCCGCGUCCACGGCCUAAAGUGAAUCGGAGGAGGAGGAGGAAACGCGAGAUUUCUUCCGGGGCGAGGCAGGACACAUCGACGUGAGUGACGACGUUCUCACGUGUAUCCUUCGACGGACAGGACGCGCAGCGUGGCGGCUCCGGCAAGUGUCGAGUUUCACGGUACCGGAAACUUCCUGCGGAGAGACAUUCCGGAAAUCACGCGCGAGGGAGUUUCGCGAAAGGGAAAAAAAGCGUACUCGGCGGGACGGUGAGAGAACUCUCGCGAGUGAGGCUCUCUCGUGAAACGCGGAAACGUCGCGCCCGGCUGUGUGUGGACUGCGAGGCGGAAACACGCCGAACAAUAACACGUCGGGGGAGCGUCGCGUUUGUGAUCGAUAAGUGAAGUACGGAACGGAAAACUCUCCAUUACACCGCGGAGAUCCAGAGGGAGGGUAAGCGGAGAAAGAAGAGGUCGCUCGGUCGGUUGACUUUUCUUCCGGGACAAGCCAGAAGAAGAAAAGAAGCGGACGAUAUCGUCGAGAUAAGGCGGCGAGCCUUCGGGGAAGUCGGAGAGAGAGAGAGAGAGAGAGAGAGAAAAAGAGAGGAGAAAUAGCGGAUAACUCGGAGGAAUGGCGGACGACUCGCUUCGCCGGAAGACCAGAUCGGCAUCGAUUUGCGCCCCGGGAUUUUCCAGCAUGGAGCAAAUGUUGGAGGCAAUGCCACCCUCGGGAGCACGCGAGAGGGAAGGUCGGGGCGAGCGGGACAGCGGUAGCGGGACACCGGACAGCAGCACACCCACGAGAAGACGAAGGCCGGCCACGAGAUCCCAGAGCGCUCGUGUCUCCGGCGGAAAUAAAAGCAUCCGUCGCCGUGCCGCCGCCCAAGCCGCCGCCCAUCAUCAUCAUCAUCAUCACGAGGGCUCCAUGAAGUCGGCCCAUUGCAGCAGCGAGCCCAGACUGACCGAGAAUGACGUCAGUCCGGGCAUCAGGAGAAGAGGGAGCCGCAGGGGGCAGAGUAUGCAUCACGCGCAUCAGAGGAAGAGCAACGCCUUCCUGGACGUGCCCGACGCCUCGUCGCAGAUGCCGCCGCGGGAGGAAGGCGAGGACGAAGAUAGUUACAGACUACGUAGCUUCAGUCUCACCAGCAAAGGCGUCGUCAACAGAGGAGAUUCCUUCCGGAGAAGGAGAUCGAGAUCGAACUCCUUGGCGCCGGCCGAGCAGGAGAACGAAGUACGGCGAGCACCGCCCAAGGAGGUCGUCUCGCACAACGUGGCCAUGCUGGGCUCCAGGGGAGUCGGGAAGACGGCCCUUAUCAGCCAGUUCAUGACCAGCGAGUGUAUAAAUGCCUACGACAGACAAAGAGAUGUGCCGAGCGAGCAAUCCGUUUUUGUGAUGCUGAACGGGGAAGAGAGCGAGCUUAGAUUUUUAAAUAUCGUCAAUCCAAAGAGCGAAUUGGACAAGAUGCCGCUGCCGGACGCUUUCGUCGUGAUGUACUCGGUGAUCGACAAGGCGUCCUUCCAAAGGGCCGAGGAAUAUCUCGCUCGACUACACGACCAAGAUCUUCUUCGUGGUAGACCGGCUAUUUUGGUCGGCAACAAAGUCGACUUAGUUCGCUCCAGAGUGGUCUCGCCUCAAGACGGGAAAUGCCUGGCCUGCACGUACCGCGCCAAGUUCAUCGAGGUGUCGGUGGGCAUCAACCACAACGUCGACGACCUGCUGGUCGGCAUACUGAACCAGAUCCGCUUGAAGGUGGUCCAGGGCCAGCUGGACAACCGCGGCGGCGGCAGCGAGGGUAGCGGUCAUUGGUACAAAUCCAGGGGUGUGGUGCGCGCCAGCAUGAAGGCCAGGCAGAUGUUGACGUGGCUCUUCGGCAAGGAGGACAGCAAGUUCAAGAAUUGCGAGAAUCUCCACGUACGCGAUACCGCCGAAUAUCGCUCCCUCGAAUAUUUCCUGCGAAAUGUAUGCAAAAUCGCGCAAGCGAAAAAAUAUUCUAGAUACUUUUCGGAAGCCUCUUUCCGAUGUCGCGGCAAGGAGCGUCGUUGCGAUCCGUUCAUGUCGACUAAACCGACUACUUGCAAGGAAGCUAUUCGACGAUGGGAGGAGGAGCACGAGCAGGAAGCGUCUAAGGCGACGGAGGUGAUCCUGAGCUUCCAGUGGCCGCCGAUCGAGAAGAUGGACAACGCACUGGCAGUGUUGACGAGUUGCGAGAAACUCUCCCUGUCGACAAACAUGAUCGAGAAAAUCGCAGGUGUCGGGUCUUUGAAAAAUCUGAGGAUCCUGUCGCUAGGUCGUAAUUUAAUCAAAGGUUUCGCCGGCCUCGAGGCUCUGGCCGACACUCUCGAGGAGCUCUGGCUCUCCUACAAUUGCAUCGAGAAGAUGAAGGGCGUCCAGGCGAUGAGGAAUCUCCGUGUGCUUUACAUGUCGAACAAUCUGGUGCGAGAAUGGAACGAAUUGAUGCGGCUGCAGGAGCUGCCGAAUAUUAGGGAUCUGCUGUUCGUCGGUAAUCCGCUCUACGAGAGCCACGAGGUGGAGCAAUGGAGGAGUGAGGUCGCGCGGCGUUUGCCGACUUUGGAGAAGCUCGAUGGAGAGCCCAUCAUACGAACGGAGGAGAAUCCAGCCGCGAUGCAGACCUCCAAGAUCGACGAUUCGCUCGAUCAAGAACACGGCUAGCUGACAACGCGUAUUAUCAUUAGAUAUCUCGUAUUCUAAUGGCGUACUGCCAUCUCUCGGCACUACGACUUAUAUACGUCAAGCUUCCUUUGUAUCCUCGUAGUAGGAAAUGCGGCGAUUUUAAGUUUUCUCGGUUGAAAAAAUGCGCUGAAAAUUAUUUCUGUAAAAAAUUGAGAGGACGAUCUCUUUAACCGAUCUUUUCAAUUGCUUGAUUCAAUAAACACCUCUGGAUCGGGUCGA